AUGCUGCGACCGAAUCACCGGCUACCUUUAAUUUUAUAUCGAUUUCGUCAUGCUAAGACGCAUUGGUCUGAACUGCAAAAGAAACAGUUUCCAAAGGACCGUGCGCUGGAAAACUUCGACGAUUUUUACGGUUCCGUGUUCGGAGCACGUUGGAAAAGCAUACGGAUUGCACUUCAGUGUGAACACAAGUACGUUGCGCUGGUGAACCAGUUUGGAGACACCGAAGAAACCAUACAACAAUUGCAAUCAGACGGUGCCAUUAGUUUGCGGGAUAUUUACCUUGCGAGGAAAAAUGACUUGGCGGACGGUAAUCAGCAGAUGUUCGGAAGCGGGAAAGUGUUUCAGAUGGAGGAACGUGUUGCAUCUUUCCGAGAUAACCGAAAACAGUCGGAAAGGGACAGUCUGUACCGUGCAGACCCUGCUGCUGCUCCUAAUAGUAUAAGCUCAUCGGGCAUCGAUUCUGACCGGAUUUCAUCAGCGGAAACAAUUGAAGCAGAUGUAGUCGAUUACAAAAAAUCUCUGGACAAGAGCUUGAAAGAUGACUCGGAAAUUGACUAUCAACGGUUGGUUGAUCCUGGCGUUGGCUCAGCGGCAGCAUUGCACGAAUUCGUCCCAGCGUCCAAGCUUAAAGGCAUGGAGGAUUACGUUUUCGAGUCGGAACAUUACAAAUAUUACAGUAACAGCACGGAUUUCCCGCUUAAAAUUGAAAUGGAAGAAUCGUUCAACAUCCCGGAACAGUUGCACCUUUACACGUACGAACGAGCGAACGUUUCAACCUUUCGAAGCCCUCGCAAAUGUACAACCGGAGUUUUGUCACACUUCCUGUUCGAUGGUGCUUCCUGCUUACCGCCACUAAUCCUCGAUGUCCAGCCGGGAGAACGAGUGCUAGAUGCAUGUGCUGCUCCGGGUGGAAAAUCACUCCUCUUGCUACAAACCCUUCUUCCCGGUACGAUGGUUAUGAACGAUGUACGGGAAAAUCGGUGUAAUCGAAUCCGUCAACUGAUGCGCCAGUAUUUGUAUGAUUUCGAUGAAAAGUGGAAACAAAAAUGUUGCUUCAUUACCCAACACGAUGCACGCAACCUGCAAGAACACUCCAUGUACGAUCGGGUACUUGUGGACGUGCCGUGCACAAACGACCGGCACUCGGUGAUGGAGAACGAUAAUAACAUUUUCAAACCGUCACGCGUUAAGGAGCGUUUACGGUUGCCGGAAGUGCAGGCGAGUAUUUUGGGCAACUGUUUGAAGCUGCUGCGACCGGGCGGAACGUUAGUGUACUCUACGUGCAGCUUGAGCCCUGUGCAGAACGAUGGUGUCGUGCAUAUGGCUUUGAGUAAUGUUUUUAGUGACACGGGAUUAACGUUUACGAUCAAGGAUCUCAGUUUGAUGAUGCAACCGCUGCAGGACAUCUUUAAAUUUGCAAAUCCAUCAACACUCAAGUACGGACAGCUGGUGCUCCCUUUUCUACCGGCCAAUUUUGGACCGAUGUACAUCUGCAAAAUCGUUCGAAAUGAGUAG